UACAUUCUUACUUCCGUGGAUUGAGGCUGUGUACUGACACCGAGACUGGUUGUUCAUGCUGACCCUCAGUCUGCCGAAGUCAAAAACGCAGCGAUAAACAUAGGAAGAUUCCUAAGUCUUCCUAUGCCUAUGCUUUAUCCGAGAUCCAUAUGCUGUUCACGACAGCGAAUCAGACUCUGAAAAAGGCGUAAUUAGAAGAUGACCGACAGCGACGUAUGACGACGUGCUUCCAGACCCAACUAUUCGAUCAACAAGAAAUGGAGCCGCGGUUGCUGAUCUUGUUCACUGUCAGCUUUCUGCUACAUGGAGUUGAGAGAAGUUUGGCUGACAAAGGCAAGCGGUGGAAGAAGCACCUAGACCAGAUCGAGGAGGCAGUCCGAAACUACACACCAUGCAGUCAACACAACUGCAGCUGCCACCAUGGAGUCCUAAAGGCAGACCUGAAGCCAUUUGGCUCAGGAGUGUCAGAGUCUCUUAUGAUGGACACAGUUCGUCGAGGAGUUGGUACGCACUACCAGAUCAUCGACCACAAGCUGUACAGAGAACAGAGCUGCAUGUUCCCUGCCAGAUGCAGUGGGGUCGAGCACUUCAUUCUGCAGGUGAUUGACAGUCUACCCGAUAUGGAGAUGGUGAUCAAUGUGCGCGACUACCCACAGGUGCCCCACUGGGCCCAACCUGCACUCCCUGUGCUGUCCUUCAGCAAGACACCAGACUACCAGGACAUCAUGUACCCUGCCUGGACCUUCUGGGAGGGAGGCCCAGCUGUGUGGCCCAUCUAUCCCACUGGACUCGGUCGAUGGGAUCUCAUGAGGGAUGACCUGCAGAAAUCAGCUGCACAAUGGCCAUGGAGAAAGAAACACUCUAGGGGAUUCUUCAGAGGCUCUAGAACCAGCUCUGAGCGGGAUCCUCUGAUCCUGCUCUCCAGAGGGGAGCCAGACCUCGUAGAUGCUGAGUACACCAAGAACCAGGCUUGGAGGUCAGAGAAGGAUACUCUUGGGAAACCCCCUGCGAAAGAGAUUUCCCUGGUUGACCAUUGUGAAUACAAGUACCUCUUUAAUUUCCGGGGUGUGGCCGCCAGCUUCAGGCUGAAGCACCUUUUCCUGUGCGGCUCGCUGGUUUUCCAUGUCGGGGAGGAGUGGUUGGAGUUCUUUUACCCGCAGCUCCACCCGUGGGUUCACUACAUCCCUGUCAAGCAGGACCUGUCCGACGUGAGGGACCUGUUGCAGUUUGUGAAGGAGAAUGAGGAUGUGGCUGAGAGGAUUGCCAAGAGAGGUGAGCGCUUCAUCCUGGAUCACCUGAGGAUGAAGGACAUCUCCUGCUACUGGGAGAAACUGCUCACCCAGUUCGCCCGACUGCUCCAGUACCGCCCUGCCAGACGACCCAACUACAAUCAGAUCACCUACCGGCCCGGCCACUCCGAACUCUGACCUGGAGGACCCUCCAUUCUUUUCCUAUCCUUUCCGCUGCUCAUACCCUCUCUUCCUCCUCUGUAUUUCACCAGGGCAGCUUAUGGCGUGUUGCAGAUCGUGUGCUUAGCUUCAAACAACACGUUUUUUUAUGCAGGUUCGGAGGCAGUCAAAACAUUUGAUCCCAUCCAAUAACCCGUCCUGUAAGAGCAACACAGUUUUUUUUGGGUGAUAAUUCUGGUGGCCGGCUUUGUUGAAAUAGUACUGCUACUUUUAUCUAGAUAUUGAAAUAAUACAUUAGUGAAGCUUUGUGUAGAUUUGUAGGAGGUCAUAUAGUAAUUGAGAUUGCGGUAACUAAGAUUUAAGUCCCAUUGAGAAGAAGCCGUUUGUAUACAGCAACGACCUGCACUAGAGCUUCACUUCUCCUUUCAGGAAGUGAACAUGAAUGUUUUUCCGACAACAAAAGAAUUUUACAGUUCUUGUGAUUUUUGAAUAAUGAACUACAAGUCUUAAUAGAAGAAUAUGUGGACUCAGCGUUACGUUAAACAUAUUCUCUGCCAAUGGAGAUUGCUGUUGUAAGAACAUUAGUCACUGGCAGUUAGCAUGGCAGCAAGGUGCAUACCCACAUGAACAAGAAAUGCUGCUUUUUUUAUUAACCUUUUCUAUGGUUUGUAAUGGCAUUUAUGCCUUCAAUCCUCCCAGUGCUUUGCCUUCAGACCAACAGCCGAACACUUACAUGGGCAGAGACCUUUUCAUGGUAGCAUGAGUUUUACUGCCAUUUUGUGCACUGGUGUUAUUGAUAAGAAAAUAAUACUAAAGAUAUAAAAUGUCCAUCUUACUUUGGUGUGUAUUCACAAUUCUCCUAAACAUCAGUGAAUCUGGGAUGAAUCUGUUUAAAUUAACAUUAGUGAAGUCCUAUUAGUACGUGGUGGACAUUAUAUAUCUAUAUUAGAACAUUUAACCACCCAGCACCUACGAAGUGAGUGGGCACAGGCUUUUAGUUUUUUUGAAUAUAGCAUUGUAAUCAUAGAGACUCAUAAUGAUAGCGGUUGCUGUGCUGAGGCUGUAAUUGUAGAGCACAAUCAGAGGUUCUCUUCAUUGCAGUCAUCAGCCACCAGCGCACAACCUCUUGACACAGUUCUGUCCAGCUCUGAAGUGCCAAGAGAGACUACCUUAUGUGCUCUGAUCUAAUGCAGCAACGGCAGCAUGGACAAGGUGGGGAAGAGGUACAUAAUACUUCCCACAUGUCUAUUGCCACCAUUACAGCCCAUGAGUUUCACAGAUGCCUCCCAGAUAAUAUUAUUCAAAUUCUCUAUGUGUAAAGACCUGUAUGGACCACAUUGGUACUCGGUCGCUGUGGUGCUGAAUGUCCUCUGAGAACAACCUUGGUGUACUUUACUUAUUUUUUUAAAUACGUAUUUAUAGGUGGUGCCACACAACACUCGGCCUUGACUAUGGUAUUUGUUUGUAAUCACUGGCUUGUUCUAUCUGUAUAUUGGUAACGUAAUAUCAUGAUGUAAGCCAAGUAGUGAGAGAAGGGAGAUAUCAAAUCUAAAUCUCCAUUUUGACAGUGCAGGGCAGCAUACUUUUUGUAUUUUUUUUAUUUAAACCACUUUUCUAACUAUUGAGUUGCAGUUUAUUUCUAGAUUAGAAUCACUGUGCUUUUCUGUAUAAUAAAACAUGACAUUUUAUACAUUU